AUGGCUGGCACGUCCAUGGCCGCCCCUCACAUUGCCGGCGUCGUCGCGUUGUUGAAGAGCGCCCAGUCGGACUUGACCUACGACGAGAUCUACGGCUACUUGACCAAGACCGCCGAUCGCGAAGUGCUCAAGCCUGAGCCUGAGAAAUGGUACUUCGCCAACGGCACCUUCCGUGGUGAUGGCGCGUACAACUGUGGCAACGUCUCGGACGCGUCUUGGCCCAACAACCGCUACGGGUAUGGGCGAGUCAACGUCGGCACCAUCUUGCGCGAUGGCAAGCUCAACGACACCCCCCGGCCUGUUUGCUAA